ACCCACACGAGGGAGAUUUUUUUUUUUAUCAAGAAGACUCCAGCAUAUUCUGGCUUUAACCGCGUAGAUAUUUACCUUAUUUUUAUUUUUAUUUAUUAUAUUAUAUAAUUUUAAGAAGAGCUGAACACUAUCUUUCCCCUCCUAUAUAAGUGCUACUUUACAUUUUGAAAGCAAAACUGAAACAGUUGAAUCUACAUUUUUGGCAAUUUAAAAGGGUUUUACCUUAACAGGAUCAUUCUCUCCCAAAUUUCUCUCAAAUUUAGGGUUUAUAAAAGUUUGUCUAUUCUUCUCGGAGAUUUGCUAAUAUUUUCUUGGAAAUACAGUUUCCGCUUUCACAAAGAUUUAGGAAAGAAGGUUUGUUAUUUGGAAUUUUGAAUAUUUGUUGGAAUAUGGCAUUGGGAAAGAGGAGUAAUUCAAUGAAGUCAAGGCGUGCUGGAUUUGAUGGUGAAGAAGGGUUUGGUUUAGGGUUGGUGAAACACACGCGAAGCUUUGGGAGGAAAAGGGUUUUAAUUGAUAACAAUACGGAUUCGAUGGUACUUGAUUCGCCUGUCAAAACUCCAUUGAAAAGGGUUUGCAGUCUAGAGCCUGAGAAAUCUGCGCUCGAAAGCCUGCCUCAGGAUAUUCUGAUUAGGAUUCUCUGUGGUGUGGAUCAUGAUGAUUUGAAGCAGCUUUUCCAUGUAUCUAAAGUAAUCAGAGAAUCUACUAUGGUUGCUAAAAAAUGGCACUUCGCCUAUAGUACACCAAGAAAGACUCCUGCUUUUCGAACUCCAAUUGAUUUCGAAAACCCAAAUGAGUUGGAUGAAAUUGAGGCCCCAAAUGCACCGAAGCAACAGCGCUCUUUCAGGUCGCGACUAAAUGGGAAGAAGCUCGCUGACAUAUCAGUGGCAUUAUUUGCUUCUCCAAAGAAGGGGUUGUUCAUGGCAACAGAGGAAGUGUGAGAACAAGAGAAGCGUAUUGUAUAUAACACGGAUUUGUUGUUUGUUGUAAAUAGGAGGACGACUGGAGUUCUGGGUCUCAUCAGAUCUCGUUUUGGGUGUUCUCUGUACAUGGCACGAAUCUUUACAAGCCGAAGUUUAUUCUUCAACUCUUGCAUUGAAGAUAGGGAGUGGCUUGUUUGUAUCUUUGUGAGUGUACAUGUGGGGUUAGUGACACAUUUGUUCAAGUGCAAUCUUUGCCCUUCUGAUUCGAUAAAGAAUGAAAAAAAAUAAUCGUAGCGUACAUCCGCAUACGAUUUGUGCUUAAUAAAAUGAAGAACGAUUGAUUCAUUUUUUA